AUGCCUUCCAUUUCUCGUGUCAUCAAGGGCGUUGCCGCCGUGCUUGCCCUCAGCUCGCAGGUGUCGGCUAUUGACUGGUCUUUGCCCUCGGACCUACUGAAGAACCCUUUGUAUGGCGCGGUCGAUAAUAACUUCAAUUGUCGAAGCGAAAAACACCCUAACCCUCUCAUUAUGCUCCACGGUCUCUCCGCCAACCGCGAAGUAGAUCUCAACACAUUGGGCUGGAACUUGACGGAUGCGGGCUACUGCGUGUUCAGUAUGACCUACGGAGCCCACACCCUCGUGCCCUGGAUUGGAGGUCUCAAGUCCAUGAGGGAGAGCGCCAAGGAAGUCGCAGCCUUCAUCAAGGAGGUCAAGACCAAGACCGGUGCUCAGAAGGUUGAUCUUCUCGGCCACAGCGAAGGCGGAGUCAUGGCAAUUUACGUACCCAUGACACAAAGCGGCAUUGCUGAGAUUGUCGACCAUAACAUCGCUCUCGGGCCUGCCAUCCACGGCGCCAAGUACUUCGGCUUCACGGAUCUGCUCUACUUCGGUGGCGAGGUUACCCGUAACCUGGCCUCUCUUGCCCUCAAGGUCCUCGGGUGCGCUGCCUGCGAUGACAUGGCCACCGAUGGAGACGUCUACGACGACUUCAAGGCCAAUGCCGGGAAGAUCAUCCAGCCGGGAAACAAGGCCAGUAUCAUCAUGAGCAACGCUGAUACCCUCGUCGCCCCCGCGACCAGUCGAAUCGACGAACCAGGAGCCCGAAACAUCAUCGUCCAGGACACGUGCCCUGAUGACGCUGUUGGCCACGCCGGCCUUGCCUGGGACAAGACUGUCUGGGGGCUUGUUGUUAACGAGCUCACCGAGGACUACGACCGCAAGUUUGAAUGCGCCAAGGGCCUCGUGUUUAGGAAGUAG